CAGUCUCAGCACCUCCGCGCUCUCUAUCUCUCUCUCUCUCCCCCGGCGUGCACCCCGUCUCGCCGGCGACUCCGGAUCCCCAAUUCAGUCACCGCGCUGCACACGCGCGACUUGCUUCGGCCAUGGCCGGCGACCGCGACGCGAAUCGGUGGCAGCCAGGGCCGCUGGAGAAGGAGGAGGACUCCGGCUCAUUCCCCUCAGCCAUCAUCCUUUUCGCGCUCGUCGGCGCCACCGCCACCACCGCCGCCGUCGGUCAACUGCGCCGGACGGUCAGCUGGUUCUACUCACAGCUUAGUAGGUCGGAACCAUUCGUGCGCUGGGAAGACAUACCUCGUCCCCCAAAUCGGAGAGGUGAAGCCUGGGGACGGUAUUACCAGAGGAUGCGUGAAAAAAACGAGGAUCAACGGGAAAGAGUGGAACAUAUAAGGCGCAUGCAAGAUGUAUUCAAGAACGAAAGAAGUAAAUGCCGGGAUUAUCGUACUUGGGAUGGCCAUGAUCCGAGCUAUUAUCAGCAUAGCCGAAGAGAUGACUGGUACUGGGAUGCAGAAACAUUUUAUGCCAAUCAAAGAACAAAUUACAGAUCAAAGCCCAGGGAAGCUAUGAAUUACACUAUGUCACAUCACUAUUCCGUCCUGGGUCUCGACAGGUCAAGAUCAGAGCCAUUUUCAGAUGCUGAUAUCAAGAAUGCUUUUAGGAGAAAAGCAAUGCAGUACCAUCCAGACCAAAACCAAAAUAACAAAGAGGUUGCUGAGGCAAAGUUCAAAGAGGUAAUGGAUUCUUAUGAAGCAAUAAAAUUAGAACGGCAAAACGGAAGUUGCUGAAUGGAUUCACAAUUUUGGGUUUGGGGGAGGGUUUGUUGUAUAUAUGGUACUGUUUGACCGUUGAAGUUAUAAACUCUGUUUCACUCAGAAAAGCUGUAGUAGGCCCUGUUGUUAAGCUUUAUAAACCUUUUAAUAAAGUAGAUUUGAUCCUAGUGGCACAAGGUAGAACUUCAGCCUGGUACAAUUGAACUUGACGAGUAGCUUUGCUCACGUUUUUUCUCGAUCCAUUGUAUGGUUUUAUUGUUGCAAUCCAUAGCUCGAUCUGGUGCAUUUGUUAUUACAUUGUAAAACACUCGUCUCUACUUCCAUGACGCUCUAUAACUGAUUUGAGUUCAGCUGCUGGAAA